AUGAAAGAUAUAGUAGAACAGUUUCUUACCUAUAUGGAGCAGAAUCAUGACAUAUGGGCGCAAUCGUGUAAUAAUGCAGGAUGGUUAGAGGCACGAUAUGUAAAUUGGAAUAAUGAUGACGACAAAGUUGUAUGCAAAAUGAUGGUGCCCGCAUUAUAUUUCAUGAAUGGCUGGGGGACGAGUGCAGAACGGGGAUACGAUGCUUCGGCAGUAGGAGACCAAUUACACACAUAUAUACGGUGCAUAAUUGCGCAUGUAUUUAUGUUUCAGUUAAUGAAAGCAAACUGCGGGAGAGAUCGAGGUAUAAGACAGGCAUUGUACAUAUUAGAACAGUUUAUGAGCAGUUUUACAAAUGGUGUUAAUGUUAAGACGUGCACCUGGGUGGUUAGUAAUGACCUCAAGGUAGGAGGAAAAGUAAUAGGCGCAGAACUCGAUGCAUGGAUAAUGGGGAAUGACCACAUGAAGGCCCGGAUGAACAAGUUACAGAAAUCUGCAAGAUGCAAAAGCAGGGGGACACAGACAUCUGACCACUGGAAGCGACGUAUGGAAUUAUUGAAGGCAGGACAAGUGCGCACCGCAAUGGCGACAGGAAUGACGCGUAUAUUACAGAAAGUAGGGAAGCAAGUAGAGGACAUAUGGGGGCACGUUCCUUCCGACGACGACGAUCGGGAAAACGACGAUGAAGACGACGACGAUGACGAAGAUGAUGAUGACAAUGCAGAUGAGGACGAGAAUGAAAAGGAGAAGGAGAGCAAGGACGAGGACACGCCGGGUGGUCCCCCCGCCCCUGCCGCGGCGAAGCCGGCGGCGACGAAGCCGACCACCACUACACCGGUACAAGCAGCAGGAGGAGACCAGAAAGGGGCGAAGCCCUCGGCACCGUCACCGUCACCAUCACGCGGGAGCACAGGACCAGGCAGUACAGGGGAAACUCCGUCACAACCAGGACAGAACACAGAGGUAGGCAGGGCAGAUAAAACAGCGGAAGAGGACGGGGCAACUGCAGGAUCAGCACGGGGAGGACAACUAUCAUCAACAUCACAAGAUCCGGCGACCUCGGCACCAGGAUCAGAAGGGGCGGACACUGACAAUACAGGUAAGUGUACACGUAGCACCGCAGUUCAUGUGGCGCAGAAUGCAGGCAAGGGCAUCCCAGGUGCUACAUCGACUACCACUAUCUCCAUUGCAUCGGGUGCCGGAGCUGAGGAUGAAUGUGGGAAGAAGUCCCAGGACUCGAGCGAAGGUAAAGCUCAUGAUACGGAAUCUAAGGCUCCACACCACGAGGGUACAGAGCCCGCACCAGAACAAGGAGUAGGGAAGACGCCAGAUGUGAACGCUAAGCUUCCCGCAGGUGGAAAAGAUAUUGGUUUAGAUCCAGCUGCAGUUUCCGCGGGGAAUAUGGCGCCUGGAUCCGGUUCCUUCGGUGGAGCCGGGAAAGUCGAUACCGUGGCCCGUGCUUUAGAUCAAUGGGAGCAAGCAUACACGCAAUGGCGGAAACGGAUACAAGAAAAAAUAAGCCAGGACCGUAGCUACAAGGAAGACCUUAAGAUAGACCUACCGGACCUGACAAAACUGAAUAGUGCAGCAGGAGGAUAUGCACCAGCGACUCCAACAGAAAAAACAUCGGGAAAUGCGGAUACGAACCCGGGUGCUGGUCCCGACGGACCUGACCUAACGGCCGACGUCCUUACCGCCACUACUCCCGUCCUCGCCUUCGUCACUUUGGUCACCGUCGCCCUUCUUGGUUAUUCCCUUUGGACCUAUUUUGCGCACCUCGCCAAACGACGACGAAAAUAUCGAACCGUUCGUGACGUGCCGUCACCGCCACUCGACGAAGAAAUUCUAGACCAUCUACAAUACGGCGACGCACCGCCACCAGAUUACGGGUACACAAUGGUUAGGGAUAGGCCACCUGCAUCUGCUGCCGGCCGCCGCGGACAACGCCCCCCACGCGUUUAUACGCGCACGAUUAUCGAGCUACAUCUAGAAGUGCUCCACGAAUGUGCAGCGGCCGAGUGGGAAAAUGUCAAAGACGACUAUUUGCAGAUACUUGUGCAAGAGUUUAUGGGGGACGACAACGGACGUUGUGGUUCCCCGGUUUCUUCUUCUAACCAGGAAGCGACAACCGGCCAUGCGACAACCGCCGAUUCGACAACCUGGGACACACUAACCCACGAUUCACCCAGUGACUCGGAAGGACCAGAUUCAUGUCCUCCUAACGAAGAUGACCCCGAUCCAUGGAGUUGUAUGCAAAACAUACAGUUAGAACAAGAAGAAACUCCUUCGCCCCUUCCAUACUCUUCCCCUUGGAAUGAAAACCGAACCCCCAACUACAAUUACUGGAUACCAUGGAUUGACCGCAACAAACAUAUUCUGCGGGCGUGCAUGACGCAGCCGUGGUUUAAUGCCAUUAAAAGCGGAAUGGAAACAAUACCUGCGUGA